AUGGUGCGACAUGGUUCUUUGGCUCGUGCCAUGCCUGCAAUCUGCCCAGUAGUUAGUUGCAGUCUCGCACAUUGUUCAUACUUGAAUGUGAGUUUCUCGCAUAUCGCCAAGCAAAGCAACAAAGCCACGAACUUCGCUGUGCACGAGCACACUCUCUUCUGCAACAGCCCCAAGUAUGCAGCCGUCGUGAACAACGUGCUGGUUGACGCUUUCAGCGUUGAGAGCAUGUCUCGACUGGAUAUGGCUGUCGAUUUGCGUCUGGAAGAUAUCAACGGCACCCAGGAAGAGAAGAAACUCAAGCGUCACCUCGCCAUAUGUGCCAUCAAGCGCUCCGACGAGUAUCAGCUGGUAUCCUCUGUCCUGAAGUCGAAAAAUUUGGGCUUCCAGGACGUGGAGGGCAUAGAGUCUCCGCCAGUUACACCGAAGAUACCGCAGGCCAAGUUCAGCAAGAGAAAGUGGGAAGCAAUGGUGUAUCACUUCAGGCGCAAGAUUCGUGUCUACUACGCGCUGACCCAAGGAAGUAGCUUGUAA